AUGGAAGAAUCUUCAGAUGACAAAUUUGAAAGUAAAAAUGAAGAUGUUGAAGAAGAAUAUGCAAAUGAUGAUGAAUUUGCUAUAAAUAAUACUUAUUCUACAAUUGAUAUCAAUAUGAAAUAG